AUGGCAAAUAUCAACCAUGAGAUGAUUUACCGAGAUCAUCGACUAAAAACAUUUGAAGAUCCAAUAAAAAUUGGCAACAAAUCAUUGGCAUGGGAUGAAUUCAGUGAUGUUGAAAAUUUUGAUCGAUUAAUCGAUUCAGGUUUUUAUUAUAAUCCUACACCAAGAAGUAAAACUCGAAUCACUUGUGCAUAUUGUGGGAAUUCUGAAAUAAUAAAAUCUAAUAAGGAUGUUGAAAAUAUAAAUACUAAACAUUUACGACGGAAUUCUUCUUGUCCCAUGAGUUUAAUUGCCAAUAUCGAUGAUAUAAUAACUAGUUUCAAUCAAAAUCGUGAUGAAUUGAAAAAUUUUUGGACAGAUCAUGAAAAAUUCAAUGACCCUUUCCAAUCUAAAACCAUUGAAUUUAGGAAACAAUUUUAUGUGAAUUAUCCAUUAGAUAAGAUAGAUUCAAUCCCAAAUUCCAAUUCCCUUUCCCAUGCAGGGUUCAUAUACUCACCAAGAUCAAUUGAAGAUGACCGUGUGCGAUGUAUGUAUUGUCAGUGUGCAUUAGAUUAUUGGGAAGAAGAUGACGAUCCUAUUCAGGAACAUAUACGAAAUGAGUCCACUUAUUGUUAUUUUCUUGAUUUAUAUAAUAAUGAACAAGAUGGAGACAAAGAUAGUUUAGAAUUGGAAAACCCAAUAACAAAGAGCAUAAAUGACAUUGAUCAUGAGGAGGGGAAUAUUGAUAACAAAAUUGAUAAUAAUAAUGAUUAUAAUAAUAAUGAUAAUGAUGAUGACGAGGAAAUUAUCGAACUAGCGAGCUUUCAUGCUUCUGAAAAUGACAAUGACAACAAAACCAAAGAUGAUGUAAUCAGUAUAUCUGAUGAUUCCACCACUAGUCUACCCCAGGAAAUCACUAAUAAACACAAACAUGACACUUCUGUUAAUAAGAUGAAUGAUAGUUUUUCCACCCCAGUCAAAGAUAUAUCCCAAGAUUUAUCAAUAAUAGAACAAGAUGAACGACCGACGUAUAGAAGAUCGAAAAGAAUUAAAAGAUUAUAUGGAGAAAAGGAUAGAAAUGUUGAUUAUUGGGAUAAAUUACCCGAUGAAGAUUUAUUACAAGAAUUUAUUGAAGUAUCACAAAAAUCAAGUCAACACAAUAAUUCCAAAAGGAAAUCUUCAAUUAUUAACAAAAACCUAAUAGAAAAUUCAUUAUUAUAUAAUGAAUCAACAGAUGAUAAUGGGAUUGAUGAUAUAGGGGAUAUAAAAAUUCACAAUGAUAGUGAUAUUGAAGAAGUAAUUGAUAAUGAUGAAAUACCGAUGGAUGAAAUUGAAAUUGAAAUGGAAGAUGUAUAUGUAGAGGAAAAUAAAUCGAAUGAUUUGUCACAACAAAAACAACAAGCAAAAGACACGACGGCUAAUGGCAAGGGGGAGUACCAGUUACAAUCAGACAAUGUCCUGGAUAAGGAUAAAUCAACAGAACCAAGAUCACAGAAACAAUUAAGUUUUGCAAAUGGGGAUGACAAUGAGGAUAAAGAUUUAGAUAUAGAAAAAGGAGAACAGGCGAAGGUGGAUUUACUGAAAGAUAUAAAUGGAUUUAGUCCAGUUAUUCAAGAAGAUUCAGAUUCCAAUUCUGAUUCAAAUUCCAAUUCAGACGGAACAGAUAACAAAAACAGAGAAGAUGUAAAUUCGAAUUCAGAGAAAGAAGAAUUUGAUUUAGAAGAUUCAGACGACGAAUCAGAAUAUCACAGUGAUGAAAAUAGUGAAUCGUAUGCAGACUCAUCAGAUGAACUGUUUAAAAUAUCUGGAAAUUUUGAUGAUACCACUCAAGAACUAGAGAACCCAAAAACGAAACAAAGAAAAUCAACUUCUAAAACGCCAGCAAAAGAGACAGAAACUUCCAAACAAAAUAAUUCCAAAGCCAAAGUCAAAGGCAAAGACAUAUCUAAAUCCGAACCCAAAAAACCCAAACGUGUUGUUAUCAGUAAGAAAGAAAAGUCUACAACACCUUUAGAAAAUUUAUUUGAUAACACAGACGACAAUUUAGAAUAUGACGAAAAACAUAUAGAAAAGAUUGAAAAUGAGCCAUCAACUCAUUUACUUGAACCCAAAAAAUUGAAAAAGAAGAAUACUAUUUCAAAGAAAACAAAAUCAAAAACUUCCGAACAAAAGCAAAUUGAAACCAAACAACUUGAACCAACGAAAAGAAAAUUUGAAGAACCUAAUACAUCUCCAAUUAGAUUUUUAGAUUCUUUGAAGAAUUUACAGAGGAAACGAAAGAAACUUUUUAAACCAAACAUUCUUGAUAUGUCAUUUGAAACAGCAGAAGUUUUAAGCAGUCCAAAUAAGUUUUUAUCAUCGAAAAAUGAAACAGGCGUGAAUGUUAAGGAUGAUUCAUCUCCCGAAAAAACUCAUAAACAAAAUAACGUGACAAUUGAGGAGAAAGUCGUAGAUGAGAAAGUGAAAAUAGAUAAGGAAGAUACUCCCACUGGUACCAAAAUCAACAGUUUAUCGAAAACAAAAAAUCUUAAGAACUCAAAUACGGUAAUCGACCUAAAUGAUAACGAUAUGGUUGUAGAUCCCGAUGAAGAAUUAGUACCUGGUAUCACUAAGUCAUCGGGUUUACCAAAUUCUAAUGUUCCAACCACAGACGCUAAUAAUUCUACCAAAGAAGAAUCUUCAAUUUUGAAAGAUUUAGAUUCCUUUGUAUCCUUUGAGAAAUCUCCAAAACCAAAGAUUGCUGAAAUUCAAGCUACUAGUACAUCUAACAACUCAAGAAUUAGUUUUGUAGUUGAAUCUGAAUCAAGUGAUAAUGACAGUUACUCAAAUUAUAUACAAGAUAUCAAACAGAUUGAUGACGAGAUUCUGAAAGUGAUGUUAGAAGAUAGUGAACUGCAUUCCUUAACCAAGGUUGAUACAAAUGAAAAAGAAGAGUCAAUUAUGAAUGACAGCAACUAUGAAGAUUCAGAGAAGAAGUCAAUUAAGGAACAAGAUCCGGACGGCAUGGAUAUUGAUGCUUCUGAUUUAUUGGUUGAAGAAGAAGAAGAAGCAGAGGAAGAAUUAAUUAUUGAUUCAACAGAAGAACUACAAUCCAACCAAAAGGCAUCUCCAAUAAGAAAUAGCUCUGAAAUGACUGCAGGCAAUGAUCGAUCACUAGAAGAAAUUACAGGUCCAAAUGAUUCCCCACCAAAAGUAAAGAAUACUGAUACAUAUUAUUCACCAGAUAAUACUAAAGAAUUACCAAGCAAAAGUCUAACGAAGGCAUCAGAACUGGAUAUAACAAAGAAUCAAGAAAUAACCAAAGAAUUUAAGGAAACCAAAGUUGAAAGUUCUGCUAUAACAAAGAAACAUUCCUUAGAGAUUGACGAGAAACAUUAUCCGGAUGUUCUUGGGAUUGGUGGUCUUGCUACAUCACCAUUGGGCAUGAAUUCUUCAUUAACAGAAAUCCACAGAUUAAAUAAUAAUAAUAACAGUAGUAAUGAAAAUGACAACGAUAAUGGUGGUGUGGAGGAAGAAGAAGAAGAAGAAAAGAAAAAAUUGCAACCAUCACUAAAAUGGCAACUGCGUUCAAUGUCACAAUUUAUUGAACAAACAAAAUUCCUUGAAAGUAGUGCAAAUGAGUUGAAAGACUUGGCAUGUUCUGAAUAUGAUUUGCAUGAUGAUGUGACAGGAGAUCUUACUAAAUUUAUUGCUGAAAUGCCUGAAGAAGAAGAAGAAAUGACUAUUAAACAAUGGAUUGAACAUUGUGCUGCUAAUUGUAAAGAUAUUGUUACUCAGUCAUGUACAGAAAUUAAUGAUUUUAUUCUUGAAGAAUAUGAUCGUGCAAUUAAAAUGAUAGAAGAGAUGCCCACAGAAGAUUAA